AAUUUAGUUUACCUCCAAAGCAAUUGCGUGAAUAUGGCCGAGGAAAGUUUCAACGCCGACGAAUUGAAUCCGCCAGAAUGGCUGAACCGUCAUUUUGUUACCGAAGUACUGAGUGGCCAUGAAAAGGCACCUGAACUCAAAAUAACUGACCUGACCUUCGCUCCGGCCAGUCCCAAGGGCGAUCACUAUGCCAGCAUUAUGUUCCGGGCCAACGUGAAGUACACCACCCAGAAGGGUGAGUUCACCAAGUCGCUGAUCAUCAAAACAAUGCCCGAGGCGGAGGGUCUAAAGAAGGACAUGUUGGUCGAUUCUCCACUGUUCAUAACCGAGAUUGGCAUGUACACCAGGGUCCUGCCGGAGUGCGAGCGGAUCCUUCGCGAGGUGAAUGACGAUGCCAGGCUGUAUGUGGACUGCAUCUACCACAGUCUCAGCCCGAAACAGGUGGUCAUCUUUGAUGAUCUCGUGGAGAUGGGUUACGCUGUGGUGCGAAGUCGUUUUCUUACGCAGGAGGAGAUUUGUAGUGCCUACGGCAAGCUGGCCAAAAUUCAAGCAAUUAGCAUGAAAAUGAUUAACGAGCGUCCCGAUUAUCUGAAGGACUUUAAGAACGGCAUGUGUGAUAUGCCCGGCCUAAUGGACAGUCCCAUUAUAAACGCCGGCAUGACUCCUUUUAUUGAAUUUUUGGCACGCAAUCCGGAACUAAACAAAUACCAGGCAUACUUUGAGAAGAUAAAACUCCAUUUCAAGGAUCAAGUGCGGGAAACCAUGCAGGAGUAUCGUAAGAAUCCCCGGAAAGACGGAUACUACGUGCUCUGCCAUGGGGAUUACCACAGCCGGAAUAUGAUGUUCAAGCACAACAAGGAAACUGGAGGCUUCGAGGAUUGCAUGUUGCUGGACUACCAGGGCUGCAAUGUGACUUCCAUGGCCGUGGAUCUCAUAUAUUCCAUCUACAUGCUGAUGGGGCCAGAGCAACGAGCUGAGGAACUUGAAAACCUCCUCAAGUACUACUUCACGGUUCUUCUGGAGACUCUGGGAAAGAUUGGCUAUCAGGGAAAAAUGCCCACUCUCUCAGGGUUCUGGGCUGAAAUAAAGAGGUUCAGAUAUUAUGAGUUCCUUAUGGUCAGCACAUUCCUUCCAAUUUCUGUGGGUCUCAGAAAGCAUAAUUUGGACAUUGAGGAAAUGCUUUACAACGAUGAAACCAGAAGGAAAUGUUAUAAUUUAAAAGGAUAUCUCGAAGAUGCCAAAAAUAUGUUGGAGAGAUUCGAACGAUCGGGCUACUUUGAGGAUCUAUGAGAAAUGUAUUAAUUUAUUUGAAGCUUGUGAAGGAAU